CCGCCCGCCUCGAGCAGCGUCUCCGUCCUGUCCCUAACUUACAGGGCCCAGUCCUGGAAACGGGGUGUGUCCAGGAUGACGCAGCCCGGGUGGGGGGGGAGCCGGCAGGCCCCGGCUCUGACGGCCUCUCCCCCAGGCGUGUACGACAGGCCCUCGCUCUCGGCCCAGCCUGGGCCGGCCGUGACCCCCGGAGGGGACGUGACCCUGCAGUGUAACACCCGAUAUGGCUUCGACCGGUUCGCUCUGCACAAGGAGGGGGACCCCGGGGCCUCCACGAAACCUGAGCGCUGGUACCGGGCCGACUUCCCGCUGGUCACGGUGACGGCCGCCCACAGCGGGACCUACCGCUGCUACACCUUCUCCAGCAACAGCCCCUACCUGUGGUCGGCCCCCAGCAACCCGCUGCAGCUCGUGGUCACAGUCCCUGAGGUGCCCUCGAGCCAGCUGCCCACAGCCCCUCCUACCUCCGUGCCAGGUGAGUUCUGGAACCCCUCACCCCCGUUUGGGGUGCAAGAUAGAUGCCUCCUCCUCUUUCUCUAGAUUUCUCAAUUCACCCAACUCUUUUACAAAUUUGCUUUAUAAAAUCCCUUAUUUCUGCCUGCCAAGAAGAUAAGCUAUAAUUUCUUCUAUUAAAUUUUACGUU